UGAACUCUAUAUUGUGUUGUGAGAGUAUGUAGGCCAGCAUCCUUCAAGUUGGGCGUGUCCUUUCCAUUGUGAAACUGGAGUCCACACAAGCAGGAAGUUCCAUAAUUCAUGAAGAUCUUCUGCAUCCACAGCACCAUCAUCAAGACCCAGUCCCGGCUGACAAUAGGUCUGUGGCUCUGAAAUAUGCAUGAGGAAAUCUACACCUGUUUCCAGGUAAUGCGCAUGCACCAACUGCACAGCGCAGCCUCACCUGUGCAGGUGCGGCUGACGACUGCGUUGUGUGACGAGCACCAUGAAGAGGCCUCCUCGCUGCUGACAACUUGAUGAGGGAGGAGAAGACAAAAGGUGAAAGAGAGCCCAGGAAGUGGACUGAAGGUGUCGCCGCCAACAUCCGCUACGCGCCGCCAUGAAUCCUUUGUGGAGAGUUUAUAAGAGUAAAGUCUUGAAGACUCUCAACCCUGAAUAUGUGGAGGAAACUGCUGAUGAGGUGUGUGAGAUGGAUGAAGACCUGAGUCCAGUCCAGGAGGACGAAGGCCAGAACGCAGUCUCUCAGCUGGCCCGCAAAAUGCAAGGGGCAGGGGUCAGAAGCUGGAACAAAAUGUCAGCUCUUUUCUACAAAGACGACCAGCAUCAACUUCUCCAGGAGACCGAAAGUCCUCCUGUCCCUGACCAUCCACUUGCAGCGAGGCCAGAGGAACCUCCUCCAGACACAAAGCGUUCUGGCUUCUGGGACGGCUUCGCUGCCAACUGGGCCGCCAAGAAGCAGGCGGAGGCCGCCCAGAAGAUGCAAGAGGAGGAGGAGGAGGAGGAGGAGGAGGUGGAGGUGGUGAUGGAGGAGGAAGCUGCUGAGACACCAGCCGGACCGUCUGAGGACCAAGUGGCGUCGCAGGAGAGGCGUGACGGCGAGAUGAACGAGGGCAGUGAAGGCAACAACUCCUUCUCCAAAUAUGUGUCUCUGGGAGGAGGAGGAGAGGACGCCACCUUCAGGUGGAACUUUGUCUCCAGCAAGCUGGCCGACAUGAGAAGUAAGAGCGUCGCCAAGAGCAACUAAACACUCAAUCAUUUCAUAAUAUUACAGACACCAUCACACCUGUGCUUUGUCACAUGAUAU